GAUAUCCCGGCACGGGUUUGAGUCCCGAAAUGAACAUAUUUUAAAAAUAUAUAUAUAUCAAAACGACGUCGUCUUAUCUUGUUAACGGUUGACUAACUUCUGUUAGAGUCAAUGUAGAUUUAGACACAUUUUAAAAAUUUUGGGUAAUUUUUCUUAAACUAUAAUUGAGUUGAGGUCGUUUUUGGCACUGGCCAUUUGUUCGGGUCCUAUUUGGUACGACUGAAAGUGUUGGGGUCUAAAUUGGCACUUUUCCUCGUAUAUAAAAACGACGUCGUUUUAUCUUGUUAACGGUUGACUAACUUCUGUUAGAGUCAAUGUAGAUUUAGACACGUUUUAAGAAGUUGAGGUAGUUUUUUUGAAAUUAUAAUUGAGUUGAGGUCGUAUUUAGUACUGAUCAAUGGUUCGGUCGUAUAUGGCACGACUGAAAUUGUUAGAGUCGAAAUUUGCACUUUUUCCGGUUGGGUGAAGAAUGAUUUUGAGGUAUGUAUGUAUGUAUUAAUGGAGGUAGAUGGAAGAAACAUUAAAUGCAAAGAGGAAGAACGACACUAUGACGAUGAACAUCAUGAUUAUAAUGUGGUAGUUGAAGUUGGUCAAGUCUAUGACUUUGUUCAUGCUUCUUGUCUUCAAUGAUAAAGAAACAAAAAAAAUCACUUUGGGACCAAAUGGUGAAGCAUUUGUCAACAAAGAUUCAACCAUUCUGUUUAAUUCACAGUUAAAAAUUUACAAUCAAGACUUAAGAACUCUGGAGGGAUAUAUACAUAUGCAUGUGUGUACAUGAGAACGAAAGACAACUGAAUUACGUCAAUAACCUUAUCUUGAAGGUCAUGGUGAGCAUACAAAGCUAUCAUUCUAGCGAACAAGCGUCUUGAGAUUGAUCGAGUAUGCCCUUUGCUUAACAUCCAUUUAGCCGCCGGAGUUUUUUUUGACCAAUUAACACCAUCUAUAGCAAAACUUGCACGCAGGGCAUAUGAAGUCAUGUUACUUAACUUGAAUUACACGGUGCCAUUGACUUCUCUUUCUCAAGAUCUGCAAAAGCCUUAGCUGCAGCAAUAAUGAAAACUCAACCUCCCAAGCUAACUAUUUGUUCGAAGUUCCAUAAACAGCCUUUUUUUCAUUUGGGAGUCAAGAGAGCUGCCAUGUGAGAGUUGAGUUGUUCAUCAAUUUGGUUCAAUAAAACAGAGAAAAAAUAACCGAAAAAAUUAGAGAGAAGAUGCAAUUUAGUGGUUUUAAGUAAACCGAGAAAAAUUGGUUUACUAGACCGAUCAAUCAACCGGAACAAUUUUGGUUUAUGAUUUAACUCGACCUGAUUGAACGUGUAUUAUAAUGGGCCUUUAAACAAACUAUGAGCCUUAUUUGGACUAUUCCCAUACGAGGGAAACUUUAAACUGCAGCCACACUUGGUUUUUGUUUGGCAAAGUAGCAUAACUUUCUAAACCUUUUUUCUAUCAUCUGAUACUCAUCUUUUUAGAUUUUAAUCAUCUAUUACUCUAUUAGCUUUACUUGAAUUUAUCAUUAGAAAGUUUAGUUCUAAAGUAUCAUAUUUCACUUUUUGGAGUAUGUGAUCCAUUAUAUUAAAUUGCAUUGACUAGUGCGAUUUGAUGUUUUGUCAAAGUAGAGGACUAAUCUAAUUCAACAACUCGAACUAAUCUUCAGCCACUAUAUAAUUUUUGUAGUGGCAUGUGAAAAUCUAUCUCUGGUUUAUACGGAAUAUCACAAACUCGAACUAAUCUUUUUCUUAUAGCUUUUAAACUUUGAGGAUGAGACUACUAUAUCUUUGUGGACCCGAGACUAGACGGUUGAUAAUAUAAUAAUACUCCUUCCGUUUUAGAAAUAUAUAUGUUUUAAGUUUUUUGUACUUAUUAAAAAAACAUAUCAGAUUUUAAUUAUCAAUACAUUAUUUUUCGUUAUCAACUAUUCCCCAUAAUUUUUAACUAAUAAAAUUUUAAUAAACACAAUUAUAUUUUCCAAAGUUUAUAAUUUUCAAUUAUUUUAUACAUUAAAAAUGUAAAAUAUAUAUCUUUUUUAAACAGUUUUUUUUCUAAAAUAUAAUUUUUUUUGGAACGGAUACAACGUAGACAUCUCUUUCAAAGGAGGUUAAACCUAUGACAUAAUAGAACUAACUCCUUACACAGUUACACCAUUAUGUCACCAUAACUUUUGCAAUUGUUUUAGCAAAGGCACAUGUAUUUCCAACUUCCCAUGCCAUAAUCUACGUGUAUUUAGUUGAAGAAGGUUUAGAUAGAUUUUAUCACGACCAGGUUUAAAAAACAAAAAAAAUCUAGGCAACGUUAACAUUAACGUCGAUGUAAUUACGAUUGUUCCAUACAAAUUUAUGUUGAACUAAUCAAAAAAGAACACCUUAUCUCUAUUUCCACCUCUCCCAAAUUAAAUUUUCUGUAUUAAUAUCAUCUUCACUCAUUUGAAAUUAGUCAAGUUAUGGCUUGUAUACAGUCUAUUAUCAUGCAUGACAUGAUUAGAGACGCUAUAAUAUAUGUGUGUAUAUGUAAAGAGAAGCAAUAGCAGAUAUGAAAUAACGGAAUGUAUAGUUGGAAAUGAUAGUGACAAUUGAUAAAAUAAUAGUAGGGUUAAAAUAACAUUAAGUCCAUAUCGUUAGACAAUACAGUUUCACUUUCUAUAUAUAUGUACAUAUUAUAUAUAAUAUAUUAUGUAAGAACGUUGUCUGUUUUUGUCAUAAUGCGAAUAAUUUAUGGUUUAAAAUACAUAGUUAUAUAAGCAAAUAAAGCUAAAAUGUAAAAUUAGCAAAAUAGUUAUUUUAGUUUGUAUGUAUAUAGGGAAGGUUCCAAAAUUAUGCUAAUAAUUGAGCACAAAAAUACGAGAGACCGAACAAGACACACUUAAUACGAGAGUCUCCAACAUCUGAAUUGGUCGAAAGGACCACUAGGAGUAGGAACCACACUUUUCCAAAGAUAUGCUAAAUUUUUGGCUAAGUCAUUGUCUUUAGCACGAGACUAUGCAUCUAUCAAAUACCCAAAUUCGUCCAAUGUCCAGCUCACUCGACUCUUUAUCUUUCUAACUUUUGUCUAUUUUCAUUGUCAAAAUUCACUUUAAGAUGUAGUUGGAUAUGAACAAAGCUUGAUUUCACCGAAUUUUUCCAAUAUUUAAUCAUGUAUUAAAUAAUGGUGUGAGCAAUAAUGCAUUUACCGUGUAUGUUUUGAGGUGAACAUGUAAAAACGUAACACAUCACUAUUCUUUUAGAGUUCCGUAUUUCAAAUGGAUCAUAAAUUUGUGUCAUCCUUUGACAAGGAAUUGUCUUCUGGCCGAAAAAAAAUCGUUUUAAUCAUUCGAAAUUUCAAAACUAUUACUUAAAGAUAUAAUUAAUAUACCUUAUGAAUUACUAUUCAAUACAUUUUGUUUAGUUUUCUUUACACUAAAUGCAUUUGUUUGACACCUAAGAUUAUUUAAUUUUAGUUUUACAGAAAAAAAAAAUUAUAAUAAGUCGCAUCAAAAUAAAGAGAGAAGAACUUUUAUGCCCUAAUUAAAUUACUCAAAUUUCGUGUAAUGUAAAAAAUUAACUUUAAUCGGGAGGUUAUAACUCUAUAAUAGGUUGAUGGAGUCGAUCAUUUUCAGUAACCCUUUUUUGUUAUGUGUACUCUUCAAAGCAUGUCUUGCUCCUAUUAAUUGUCCCUCGAUUAAUAAAAGCUUGCGUUUGCGACAACUUACACGGAUGAAGUUCUUUGUCAAGAAAAUAUAUUUAAAUUCGCAUUAACAACAUAUUUGAAUUGCCUUAGAAUCACUCAACCAGAUUGUCCAAGGAAAGGUUAAGGAAAUGAAUAGUUUAAUUUAUACAUAAAGGAACUUCCUGGAUUUAAAUAUUCACUUUUGACGUUGUAUAGUAAGUUUUUAAUAACUUUUGAACUUACUAAGUGUUUCUUUUAGUUAUUUUGAAAGACUAUAUUCAUUCCGUAAUUUACUUAUUAGUUUGUAUAACACAUAGGCUUCUUACAAUGAUCGUAAACAUACACGUUUGUUUCUUUAAGCAUCAAUGUCAAUAUGCAAUAAAAACAAAAAUUAAGUUCCGAGAAAAUAAAACAGAAGACUUUUUAAGCCACCUUAAUUCUUCUCCGAAAGCAAUAUAUAGGCCGCUAAUUAACACCACCACGUAAUCGCCAAGGAGAACGACCGCAGUUCUGGAUAGAACCAACACGUGGCACCGGCACACAUGAGAUGGAAGCCUGGUGACGUUAACUUUGGCUGACGUUUAGAUAGUUUUUUCUACACGUGCUGGCCCAUGGGUGGGUCGUUGUUGUUUUGAGAUUAUGCGGUUUCAUAGUGUUGAGCGAGUAACCGCGUAGCCAUAAAACGCAUGGCGAUUGCGUUCAGUAACGUUACACCGACUCAGCUUCGCAAUCGUUGACAUUUUCAUUGUAGCUUGUAAAAGUUAACAACCAUGAAGAUUAGUAGUACUCUUCUUUUGUUGGUUCAACUAUUAGUAUUCUUUUAGAACCCGAAAUAAACGUAACUUAUAAUUACUAAAUGAACUAAUGCAUACACGAUAUCUUAAUAUUUUUCGAAAUACAUUAUACAAUGUAAAUAAAAGUGUAAAAUUUCACCCCAUAUUUGAGCUAUAAGUUUACCAAUUUUUUUUUAAUUAAUACUCCAUUCAUUUCGGUAUAAGCAAUAUAUUUAUACUCAAGUUUACUUAAUAUUUAUUCAAAAAGUAUAUAUCAGUUAUUUCUAAACUAAGAAAAUAGGUACUUUUAACAAGGGAAAAUGAUGAGAAUAGUAACCGUGCAAAAUUAUGUACAGCGAUGAGGAGCUUCAAAUAAAUGAAUUAGGAUGUUGCUUUGCCUUUCAAAAAAGAAUUAUGGUGUUACUAAUUACGUACGAACACCGAUAUAUCUAACUGUAUUUUGGCGAAAUGAUGUGUAAGUGUAUAUAAAGACUUGUCUAAUUCACGAUGAUAAAUUAAUCACAUCCUUAAUGAUUGAUUAAUUAUUAAAAUAUCGAAUCCCUUGACUUCACUCAAACACCUUCACGAUGACCUCAUCUGAUGCAACACAAGAUAUUAAUAAUUACACGUAUAUACACACAUACACAUAUAUUAUACGUGUAAAACAUGAGAUUCUCUGCGAUAUCUCGGUCUAUAUAGGUUGCAACUUUUCUCAUAGUUGUGUCUUCUCUUCCUACUUGACUCUUCAAUAAAAUCAUAUAUAUCCUAAGUAAUCCCUAACUUUCUUUCUAAAAAUAUUUCUCUCUUUCAAUGUCAGAAGAAGAACUUCAAGAAUCAGACGUUAUAUUUUCCGAUGAUUAUUUCAUAAACAGCAACAAGAAUAGCAACAAGGAAAACAACAAAGGAAAGAAACCAGCGACGGUGAAAAAGUCAUCUCCGGUAACAAUUCCAUCGAGAACUACAUUCCGGUGGCCGGAAGUUGAAGAGGAGGAGGAUGAGAGUGAAAUGACGCCGCCACAUGUCAUCAUCGGAAAACGAAGAGUGGAGUCGCAAAUGGCGUUUUCGUUUAGUACCCUUAAAGGAAGAGACCUGAGUCGUCACCGUAUCUCGGUUCUUAGGAUGACCGGUUUUUUGGAAGCUUAAUUGAUCUUAAAAUACAGCCGAACUGGUCCGCUUAAGGUUUAUAAAUGAACCAAUGUAUGACGAUAUUAAUUUUUUUUCUUAAUUAUUGCUAAAAGAAAAGUUCAAUAUAGGGAAUAAUUUCCCAUAUUUUACCAUUUAAGAUAUUAACAAUAAUAAUUAUUUAUGUUAAAUUAUUGUUUGGUUUCUUGAGAAAAUGAAAAACAUAUAAGAAUCAAAUCUUAUGUUAAAUUGAGUUAUGUACGGGGUUUAAUUUGCUUGUGAAGUAACGGGUUUCUUGGCUUGUAGAUUUUGUAUUUGGUCCACAUCUAUAGGAUUC